CUCGCAAUCCUGUUCAUGCUGCUCACAAGAUCCAGACACUGACUUCACGAUGAUGUUUUUGUUGCUGUUGGUGAUGUUGACAGCAUGUGCUGCAAUUCCUCAAGAUCUGUCUGGUAAAAUGUUCACCUUCCCACAACAAAGCGCCACAGCUCUAGUGAACCUGACGGCGUCAGGAGAGCGCUUUGGUGCUGUGACCGUCUGUCACAGGUCCUUUACAGACCUUAAGAGGACCCAUGGCCUUUUUUCUUUGGCCACACGCAGCAUUGCCAAUGAUUUCAUGAUUGCCUGGGAUAAUGUAAACAAAGAGCUGCAGCCCCAUAUUAGGAAUGCAAGGGUAGAAUAUGGAGGCUGGGACUACAAGCCGAACAUGUGGCACUCAAUCUGUACAACAUGGGACUCUGAGUCUGGACUGGUGCAGAUGUGGUUUGAUGGACAACCUUCAAUUAGGAAAUUCAUCAUCUCUGGAUCAGCCAUCACUGGAUCCAAAAUGAUUGUCUUAGGCCAGGAGCAGGAUACCUAUGGAGGAGGGUAUGAUGUGAAGCAGAGUUUUGUUGGCAUGAUGACUGAUGUCCACAUGUGGGACCACACUCUUUCCGCCUGUGAGAUACAUAAGUACGUGGACGAACUGAACUUCACCCCAGGGAACGUGCUCAACUGGGGCGCGCUGGAGUUCGCGAUCUCAGGCAAAGUUGUUGUAGAAGAUAAACUAAAUGCCUGUUACUAAACUUUACAACAAAUCUUCAACAAUUUCAACUGUGCAAAUCAAGUGGGGUUGAAAUAAUGUUCAAUAAAGUGCUUCAAAAGUGUCUCAUAAGAUUCAUCUUUAUUGCUUGGUUGAAGACAAAAUUUUUGUCAAGAGGCAGAAAUUGUCACGGUUUGGGUUUUCUUCCUGUUUUAUUUUGUAGUCUCAUGUCUCUUGUGUUCUUGGGUAACUUCACUUCCUGCCUAGUCCUGUCUUCCCCUGUGAUUGUCUGCCGUGCCUGAU